AUGUCCGGUAGCCCCACGUAUCAUGUCAACUCCGAGGAGAUAUGCCGCCUUGUGAGAGAGGCUAUUUCAGAUAGCAUGCCUGCAAUCUUGAACGCAGUCCUUGCCAGAGUUCAGGGCACUGGACCGCCUCUUCACUCGGAGCCAUCGCGCCAAACAGAGUCACUCCAGCCCCCUGAGGACAAUGGCCCCUCUCGCCAGUCCCCCUCGCCCGGGACUUCGACUUCGUUGAUGCCCUCAUCAAAGAAGUCCGCGUCGAAGAAACCCGCCGUAGUGAACUUCACAAUGACCGUCAAGGUUCCAGGCCAACUCGGCUUUCAGAAGCUACGCAGAUUAACCGACUUCGGAGCCCGCAAUCGGUUGGGGAGCAGCGGCAAAUGGCCAUUCAGCGAGGUCAGGGACGUGACCUUCAGAGGCAAUAUCAUGGAAUUAUUUUUCCGGAAUGAGGCCUCCUUGAAGCGAGCGGAAGACGAGUUUUCUACUUUGCCAAGACUGCUCCGGUUAGAAGGUGUUCCUAUCAGUAUGGUCCCCAAACUGUACUACAUUCAUGUGGGAGAUGUCAAUUGGACUAAGGAAUGGAUAAGAAACAACGACGACCUUGCUUACGAAUGGAGCCUUUUAACCGACGUGGUGAUUUCCAAAGUCUUUCACAGCCUUUUGGACCUCUACGUCGUUGUGGACAGGCUUUCGGAUGCAAGACAUCUUUGUGAUUGGGCGUUCCCGAUGACCAUUGGAGAUUGGGGUUUUGAAACCUAUAAUAAACCUGUCGAUCCUCGGAGCCUGCUGGACAUCUGUCACAACUGCUGCGAACCCGGCCACUUCGCGAGCCAGUGCCCGAAUUCCGCGAUUUGCUGCAUUUGUUUGGGAAGCCACCCGUGGCUGGAAUGCACUGCCACGGGCUUGGGUUACAAGUGCCCAAAUUGCAUGAAACGCCGAGGAAAUUCACAAGACCCAACUCUCAACAUUGACCAUUGUCCCUGGGGUUCGCAGUGCAAAAAUCCCGAAACAAUGGCAAUGAUGGCGGCGCGUGAAGAGUACAAGAGGAAGCCAAACUGGGGCAAAGGCACGUUUGUCAAUGAUAUUUGGAAACCUGGUAAAUCCACUCGGUUGCCACCACUUGAUCUCGAUGAUAUCGACACUUCCGAUAGCGAUUGUUCCACGGGGUCCCCCAGUCAGCCGAAGCAGCCGCCUAAAAGGGCAUAUCGUGAGGAAGGACAUGCGGGCAAGACUUCUGAUCAGACUCAGCUUCGUCUAAAGAAGAGAUGGCCGCCUGAAUUUGUCCCCAAGUCGAGUGUGGGUUCGGCUACGAUGCUUGAUAUGAACAAAAUGGGAGGCCCUACUACUCCCAUCCAGGUCGAAGAGUCACAAGCCACCCCGGCGCUUAGUAUGGACUCAACGGAAGACGUAACAACGCCCAUCCAAGUCCAGUCGUCGGCCUCUUCGGCGGCCUCUGGUGAAGGAUCCUCGCAGCGAACCGCCAUGGCUGCCGCCUGGGCCAGUCUCAUGCCGUCAACGGCCCGAGGCCCACCGCUCGGUCCGAGGGGGGGUGUCGGCAGCGCGAUACCGGCGAAACGAGGCAGACCUCGUGGAAGGGGUAGAGGCACAGCCUUUAGGCAUUAG